GUGGCAACUGCGGGCCAAUGUGCGGCACUAGCUAUCCUCUCUAUCUCUUGUUGACCUGCUGCACUGGCAGCAGUAUCAGCUGUAGCGCCAUCACUGCAUCAGCUCCGUCACAGGUAACCGGCAUCAGUAGUGCUGGCAGUCCAGGCAUUCGCGUCCCAACCGACGGCUCAGAGGAAGGCCAGGAAAUCUUUGUCGUGAGCGCCACUUUGCUGAUGAACGUUUCUCUUGCCAGUUGUAAGCUUGAUGGCAGGACCAGAGAAGGAGUAGCUGAAGCCUCUGAGUGUUCAUGACUAGAGAAGGAAAGGUGCCUGGCAAUCCAAGAAAGGUGCUGAAAGUUGACGACGGCGAGGAUAACCACUUUCAGUAACGCCCAGCGGGGUCAUAGUGUGUGGACGUGCCCACUUCUGGAGGAGUUACAAGCGUUCAGUGCGCAGCACAGAAGAAAGAAACAAGGGCCGUCAGUAACUAUCAGCUUGACGUUAGUCUGAUCUCGAAAGCAGCUUGGAGAAAAACGCGUAUAGCUAACGGAUGGCCGUUGCGACUCCACCUCCCCCUGUCCCGCCGCCUCAGCCCAUCUCCACUCGCUGUUGGAGCGAUGCAGCACUGUCGCAGCGUUUUCGCCUGCAGAGGAGACUUGGGCAUGGAACGUACGGAACAGCAUGGUUAGCACGCGAUGCACAGACUAAUGAGCUGGUGGUCGUGAAAACUGUAGCGAAGGAGAGCACCAGUAGGCUGAACUUCAAGCGAGAGUUGAAGUACUCCCAUGCCCUCGCAGACCAUCCGCAUGUAAUCAGAACUCGUCGUCAAGGAUUCGAGACGGAUGACAGUUUCAUUCUGAUCCAGGAAUACGCCACUGGUGGCGACUUGUUCGAGUGCAUUCGACCCGAGCUGGGUAUGGACGAGGGGAAUGCGCGUAUCUAUCUGGGCCAUAUUUGCCUGGCGCUGGACUACAUUCAUUCUCGUGGACUCGUUCAUCGCGAUGUGAAACCGGAGAACAUCGUCCUGUGUAAAACAGUGUCCACGACUGCUUGUCCUAACUCCGUUCCUACAGGUAUUGCUGGUUCUGGCACUGCUGGUUCCCCUGCCGUUGGCAAGGAAGUGGUUGUAGCUAAGCUCAUUGACUUUGGUCUCACCCGUCGUAUUGGAUCGCGUCUGACCAGACUACGCGGCUCUCUGCCAUACACUGCCCCGGAGAUGUGCGCCGCGGGUCGCCAUCAUAACGAAGAUGCGGACGAGUCCGAAGGCUACAUGAUCAGCAGUGAGCUGGACAUUUGGUCUCUGGGCAUCACCCUUUUCUGUAUGCUGACCGGAACGUUUCCAUGGAGACGAGCUAGUGAGAGCGACUCGAACUUCAAGGCGUUCGCUGCCUGGCAAAUGGGCCUGCGGCCAACGCCGCCCACCUCCUGGCGUCGCUUCUCACCUCAGCUCUUAGAACUGUUUUCUCAGUUGCUGUGUAUUGAUGCCACACGCCGCGCCACUGCUCGCACGGCGUUCGCUUAUCUGGAAGUUCCCUGGUCUUCACCUGCCCCGUCACCCGGCCCCACCAGCAGCAGCAGCAAUAGCACAGUCAGCGGCAUGCUGGAGCCACAAUCUCCACAUUUCACUCCGUCCUCGGCUCCUCCAGUCACCCCGACCACUCCCGGUUCCAUAAGCAAGUCCUGGCUGCCAAGUCCCAUGGGCAACGACGUGAAUAGCAGACAUACGCGCGCCUCCAUACCGGAGGGAGCUUGUCUAAUGGACACCAGCCAACAUACACCCACCACCGCCGCCAGCAUGCAUCCUAGCACUGGCACAGCAGCAGCUAACCCUGCCGGAGCGGCAUCAUCUACAAUUCACCACCAGCAGCAUCAACACCAUCGCUCUUCGUGGCAUGCCAAGACGACCCACGCAGAUCACCAUUCGCAACACUCCCAUCACCAUGGACAGAGCGGUGGCCAUCUUUCCUCGUCAUCAAGGCGACACUCAGACAGCGCCGCCGCUGUACGACUGCCGUACAAGGUAUCCAAGGGUUGCCACACUGUCAAGGCACCGUCCACAUCGCAGCAACAGCAGCAGCAAUCUCAGGGGCACAGACCACGAGCCAAGAGUCUUUGGAGCAUCUCACACCAACCAGUGUCGGUGACGUAAUUAUGAGCUCAUCGACCCCUCCUUUACGUGACCAGUCAUAUGCUGACCUACCCUCCCCAGGCCGAGUUACCAAUGAUCAACCAUACACUAAAUGAACAUGAAAGAAGAGAAGUCUGCAGAAAGGACUGAAUUUUGUUGUCUGGUUUCUGGAUAGUAAGAGAUUAGAGACGCCCAAAUCAAUCCAAUAUACAAUAUAUUACAUGCAAUGAAUAGAUCGUAUUGAGAAUUUUACAUUCCCUUCGGCAGAUCAUGAUGUGAGACAUAUUUAGCUUUACGUUCAGGCAAGUAGCCACAUGUGCUACCAUUGAGCUCAUUAUGAUGUUCAGACCGCAGCUGUACACCAAGCUUACUGUCACAUAACUAUGUGUAGGUUUGUACAAUAUUCUACUUGUAGGUCCUCAAAGUGAUGUUACCCCCUCCCCACCGGACACACGCACACACCGCCUCGCAGCUGUAUAACAACGUUGACAAUGAUAAAUAUACUGUACAUGUACGUAGAACGCUGCGAACCCGCCAAUCUAACAUAUCCCAUCACUCAAUAACGUGCAUGACGUUCUUGACAAUAUUUCUAAUUUAUCCACAACAUAACACUAUUCUCAAGUUGCAUCAGAGUUUUUAAUAAUUGUAUGGCAGCA